UUGUAUGUAAAAGUUACUUCCCUUUUAUUAACAUUUCACCAUUUGCAAUCGCAUAAGCGCAGGAGAAAACUGAUCAGCGAGUCCCAAAAAGAUAUAUAGCUAGGAUAUUGACAGAAACUUAAAUUCAAUAUAGCUCUAUGAUAUUGAUGAAGGAAGACUGCUGAAUAGGAGCAUGAGUAAAGUUCUGGAGAAACCAGCAAGGAAACUGUUUCUUUUAGACUUAAGUAGGUGUCAUGAAAUUAUUGACCGUCCCUCACCUGGAAGUGAUGCCUCCUCGACUCCUGUGAAGAAAUGGUCUGCAGAUUGUUCAGGGUUGACUGUAAUGUUUUCUAUGGUCACAGUACAAGGGGUAGUCAUAGAGGUGAAGGACAAUGGAGAUUGUUUCCUGUUAGAUGAUGGCACUGCUGUAGCUGCUGUAAGAGGAUGUAAAAAGAUACAAUUCCAAACAUCCAAACCUGUGAAAGGACAGUAUGUAAUGGUAGUUGGUCAAUUGUUAAAAACUGGACAAUGUCCUCUCCUACGUGCAACCAAGCUUCAGAAUCUUAGUCACAAUGUUGCCAUGGCAACCAUCUGGCCCCUAGAGGUCAUAGAUGGGCUACAGCAGAAUCCUGAUAUAACCUGAUAGUUGGUUCAAAUACCAAAAUGCAAUGGACUUAAGUUGAUGCAUUGAUUUACAGAGAAAACACUUCCAUGUUUUCACAGAUCAUGUGGUGACCUUCAACACAGUUUACAACAUUUUGAAUGUGCUAUUUGUGCCAUUUAAUCACAUGACAUUGCUUGUUGUCAAUAUGAUGUCAUUAUGUAUUUGGUUUACAUGUAUUAGUCAUGUUUAGCAUCAUCAAUCCUAUGUAAGACAGUGGAUGAAGUUAUUGUAAACAAUGGUACCUAUAAUAGCGAUUUUGAAGGUUUUACCACAGGCUUCCUUUAUAAUGCUUUCCUUGCCUUGUUUAAUUUUUCUAUAUGAGAUGACAUUUUAAGUAAGAUCCUGUUUAUAAAUUACAUACCACUUAAAACAUACAAUUCGUUUUUGUUUUGAACAUCAGUUAGACUAUGGGAUGAUCUGAUAUAUUUAAACUGUAUUGUAUCUGAAGUCAAGUGUAAAACAGCUGAAACUUUAAAAUAUUUGAUAGUUUUAGCUUGACUUUUUCAGAAAAAAAUAAAUGAGCUGUUGGCCAUUAUUGUUAUAUUUCUGCAUGGAUUGUCUUCAUACUUGGACACAACAAUCCUUUGGACAAGACCUUGAAGAAGACAAGAUUGACAUUGACCUUAAUUUGACCUUGGCUCUUAAGGUUUAAUUAGUGAAUUUUGCUACACUUGGUAGUUAUUAACAGAUUUGAUUUGUAUUUGGACAAAAGAACACUUAUGACAAAACCUUUAUGUUGGAAAUAUGUCAAAUAUGACUAUGACUUUUAUUUGAUUGUGAAUGUCAAGGUCAAACUAUUGAAAUUUGCAUAAACUGAUAUACCUUCGUUAUUUAUUUACAGAUUUAAUUCAUACUUACACAUACAAAAGAACAAAUAUAACUAACAAGUUGAAUUAUUUGGACCAAAGAACACAUAUGACAAAACCGACAUGAUGAAUGACAGAAAUGUGACCUUGACCUUCAAUUGACCUUGACUGUUAAGGUCAGAUAAGAAAUUUAAAUAUUUUACUUGUUACCAAAAAAUUAAGUUUUGUAGGAGUAUCCUUUACUUUAAUAUUCUUUCUUCGCUGUGUUUGAUAUUAGAAAUAAGAAAAAGUCAUGUGUGACCGCUAGGUGAUGACUCUUGUUAAAAAGUUUUCAAUUAAAAAACGUCAUGAGGUAUAAGAUUCUGCAUUCUGUAUCGUGUUUUUAUUUUGCCGAUAUGUAUGAAGGAGUAACAAAGCUGUUGUAGACAGCACACAUAGUUCAUAAAUUGUCUUAUAAAGAAAUUACAAUGCUGUAUAAACACAUUUUUAAUGAAAAAAGAAAAAUGCAUAUUAUGAAGGAACUUUAUAAAUUGUCUAUCUUCAAACAUUCAGCUAAAAAUAAAUGAUAUAUAAAACAAA